UUCUUUUCACUUCCAGGCUGGCGUUCUACCACUUGAGCCACAGCUCCACUUCUGGCUCCUUUGCUGCUUAAUUGGAGAUGAGAAACACAAGGACUUUUCUGCCCAGGCUGGCUUCAAGCCUCAAUCCGCCUAGAGUGGCUACUGUGACCGAGGUGAGCCGCCAGCGCCUUGCAAAAGGGUCAUUUUAGUAUCAUUAAUCUAGCACCUAAGUUCUAAGUGUUGAGAGACAGCAUUGAAGCACUUUAAAGGUUUUCACCCUUUUCUUCCAUCCGCUGUCAUCAUGACACUGACAAAAGGUUCCUUCACUUACUCCAGUGGGGAGGAAUAUCGUGGAGAGUGGAAGGAAGGCCGAAGACAUGGUUUUGGUCAGCUGAUGUUUGCAGAUGGUGGCACCUACUUGGGUCAUUUUGAAAAUGGGCUCUUUAAUGGCUUUGGGGUACUGACCUUCUCAGAUGGCUCAAGGUAUGAGGGAGAGUUUGCCCAGGGAAAGUUUAAUGGCGUCGGAGUCUUCAUUCGACAUGACAACAUGACCUUUGAGGGGGAAUUUAAAAAUGGCAGAGUAGAUGGUUUUGGCCUGCUGACUUUCCCUGAUGGUUCUCACGGAAUACCCCGCAAUGAAGGUCUGUUUGAAAACAACAAGUUGCUACGGCGUGAGAAGUGUUCUGCCGUGGUCCAGCGGGCUCAGAGUGCCUCCAAAUCUGCCAGAAAUCUCACCGCCUGAUGGGGCAGUAGCCAGGGAAGUGUUGGGUAAAGCCAGUACACUCUUAUUCACUCCAGUUGAAUGAGUGACCCAGAUAUGAGAAUGACUGGAGCUAAAGCCUGUGAGGUGCCCAUCACCUGCCAAUCAGGAACUCAGUCACAGGAAAGUGCUGAGGAUUUUGAUCAAGACCCUGAAGCAGUUGUUAGCAGUUCUGUCUUUCCCUGACCUAAUGUGCAAGAGGACAGAGGAGCCAUCUUUAUUAUUUAUUUGUUGGUGUUCCUUGUUCCUAAGGCCUUGGGUUACCCAGUGCAAAACUGCUGUGGUCCUCACUCCAUUCACUGCCAAGUGAUACAGAAUCUUUUCAUUCUGCCUAUGUUUGGGGCAGUUGAUUCUAUAGCGCCAACUUAGGGCCAGUGAUUUGUGUUGGCCUAGAGAAAUAAGGGAAAGAGAAUAGGGGUGGCUCAGACAGUACAGUAGCUCUAUGGAAGUUAAGGCCAGAGCUUUUCUUUUCUUUUUAAUUUUUUUAUUUUUUGGUCAGUCCUGAGGCUUGAACUCAAUGCCUGAGCACUGUC